ACUGGUUACUCUCGUGCAGGGAUCGCGUUUCGCCAGAAACCCCCCUGCUGAAGCCGAAGGUAAUGAUCGCGAUCCUGGCUCGCAACGCGGCGCACAGUCUUCCACAUUACCUGGGCUGUAUCGAGCGACUGGACUAUCCCAAGGAUCGGAUCGCUAUCUGGGCAGCGACGGACCACAGUCUGGAUAACAGCACGUCCAUGCUGCGGGAGUGGCUGAAGGAGGUGCAGGGGAUGUACCACUACGUGGAGUGGAGACCCAUGGAUGAGCCGCGUUCGUACACGGACGAGUGGGGGCCGAAGCACUGGCCUGUCUCGCGCUUCAACCACGUGAUGAAGCUGAGGCAGGCCGCCCUGCGCUCUGCCAGGGAACGCUGGGCCGACUACAUACUGUUUGCAGACAGCGAUAACCUCCUGACCAACCCCCGGGUUCUGACCCUGAUGAUGGCGGAGAAUAGGACCCUGGUGGCUCCCAUGCUGGAGUCCCGGUCCCUCUACUCCAACUUCUGGUGCGGCAUCACCCCUCAGGGGUACUACAAGCGCACGCCGGACUACCAGCCCAUCCGGGAGUGGAAGCGUCUGGGCUGCUACGCGGUUCCCAUGGUGCACUCCACCUUCCUGCUGGACCUGCGCCGGGACGCCACCCGCGACCUGGCCUUCCACCCGCCCCACCCCGACUACACCUGGGCCUUCGACGACAUCAUGGUGUUCGCCUUCUCCGCACGGCAAGCCGAUGUGCAGAUGUACAUCUGUAACAGAGAGCAUUAUGGGUUCCUCCCCGUGCCGCUGAAGGCCCAGCAGAACCUGGAGGACGAGGCGGAGAGCUUCUCCCACACCGUCGCAGAGGCCCUGAUCGACCACAGCAUAGAGCCCUCGCAGUACCUCUACAACCCCUCCAGACCCCUGGACAUGAUGGGCUUUGAUGAGAUCUUCCUGAUUAAUCUGAAGCGUCGGUUGGACCGCCGGACGAGGAUGCUGGACACGCUGGGGACUCUGGGAAUCCAGGUCACGCUGACGGAGGCGGUGGACGGCAAAGCUCUGAACACGUCCCAGCUCCAGGCAUUGGGUAUAGAGAUGUUGCCGGGAUACAAGGACCCAUACUCCGGUCGUGUGCUGACCCGGGGCGAGAUUGGCUGCUUCCUCAGUCACUACAACACUUGGACACAGGUUGUGGAGCGGGGUCUGGAGAGUGUUCUGGUUCUGGAGGACGACGUGCGCUUCGAGCCCAGGUUCAAGAACAGGCUGAUGACCAUCAUGGAGAGCAUGAAGCAGGCCGAUCUGGACUGGGAUCUCAUGUAUGUGGGGCGGAAGCGCAUGCAGGUGAGCCAGCCAGAGCACUCAGUGGAGGGCGUGAAUAACCUGGUGGUGGCCGACUACUCCUAUUGGACGCUGGGCUAUGCGCUGUCACUGCAGGGCGCCAAGAAGCUGCUGAAUGCCCGCCCCUUUGGCAGGAUGCUGCCAGUGGACGAGUUCCUGCCAAUCAUGUUCAACAAGCACCCGAAUGCGGAGUACAUGGCGCAGUUCGAGCGGCGGGACCUGCGGGCGUUCUCGGUGGAGCCCCUCCUGCUCUACCCCACGCACUACACGGGCGAGCCGGGCUACGUGAGCGACACGGAGACCUCCACCAUCUGGGACGACGAGGCGGUGAGCACGGACUGGGACCGGCAGCACGCCGCCAAGACCGCGCAGCAGGACCGCAUACGCCCCAUCGCCCAGAACAGCGUGACCGGGGACACGCCCCCCCCCGCCUCCCGCGCCUCUCGUGACGAACUCUGAACUCCCCCCCGAGGGAGGGGCUCCCGCACGGACACACGAGCGCACGGGCGUACGAAUACUGUCUCAGACACACUCUCACACACACACACGGACAUAAUAACACACUCUCACACACACACACGGACAUAAUAACACACUCUCACACAUACACACGGACA